AUGCAGCUUGGAAACCUCCUUGCAAUCGCUGUGACUGUGUCUCUAGUCCCAUCUGGUGUAUUAGCGGCCAAGCCGGGACGAGGCCGAAGCGACUAUCUAAGGGUUAGCGACCAAGAUCGAAUCCUGCAGAUAGAAAGGGCCAAACAAGCCCUCGCAAAGCCACCCUGCCGGGUGAUGAUUCACGGUCCCGUACCAAAAGGGAAAAAGAUUCGCACAGACUUGGGCCGGGCAGACGCUGAACCUAGUAGCCAGGUCACGGUCACGGUUGAAUCGAAUGGUGCGACAGCGACAUAUCAAUGCGAAGUCGACGCAACUUGUGAAAAGGCGACAUGUGAAAACCUGCCUAGUGGCUGGACGUGCGACAGUGUUAAUAUGCACCACUUUCCAAAGUUAACACUCGAGGCAUUGGGUGUCAAGAUCGAAGACCUGUCGAAGCCCGAGUUUGUUCAUAGCCCGGCUCAACCUGCAGGCCACGAGCCCUGA